AUGGCCUCAUCGACCAAAAGCGAUACCGGAUACCGGGCACGACAUAUACCCAAUCGCAACGGCACUUUCAGCGCCUACUUCGACCGUCCGCCAGCGAUCACGUACAGCAAGCGCGUGACACCAUUGCCCUUGAAAGGGACACACUUUCGACGACGCGAUCCAUACGAGAUACCAUCAGACAGCGAUGACGAAGAUACGUCUGUAGAAGAUUCAACCAGCACCCGCACGAAGCAACCGUCUCCAGAUGAUCCGCCGCUGUCGGAAGACGAGCUCGAGGCCGUAUAUGGAAGGAACGCAAGCCCCAUCGAAUCAGUAUCAAGCAUCCUGGGAGUUUCGACAUCGAAGGGCAAGGCCAAACUUGCAAGGUCCACACGAGAAGGGAAGGGCAUUUUGAAGAAGCGUCCGGUUCGAAGGGAAGUGCCCACGCAGCGUUUGGUGCCAGUGAUAUCGCGGAACGAGGCUCGCACUUUCUCCAGGAAAGUGCAGACGACUGUAAAACCAUCCAAGAGAUCGGGACCAUCGAUACCGCCGCGACACGAGAAGAAGUUGACCGAAAAGGCUCCAAGAAGACGUCCCGUCAAUGAGCUUCUCCUCGUCCCGUCACCAGCUCAAGACCAUGUCCCACGCCAAUCAAGUAGUAGCCCCCAGAGACCGCCCACUCAAGAUCCCAUUGCGAAUAGCUCUUACGUUUCGCCGAUCAAUGAAGAUUUUGGUCGAGAAAAGGCACCCUUGACAUCCAUCAGGAAGCGGCUCAAGACGCCGAAGUUCACACACAAGUCUGUUGCUGCCUUGCGCAAGAAGAAAGACAAAGAAAGUCGUGCUGAAAUUGGAGACGGAUUCGAGCGUUCAGAGCUUCAAAUUGAUCAACAUUUCAGCACGAGUCGAAGUCGCAAAGGCUCCAAGUCGUUGGUUCAAGGCCUCAGUGCACUCGACCUCAAAGCAGGGCCAUUGCCAGACGUCAAGUUCGAGGACAGCAGCUCGGUGUUGAAAUUAGAACGUACAUUCGGGGGCGAUGGGGACACCCAUCAUAACCAGGAAGUGGUUGAGACCACAGAGCAGGAGCUGAAACCUGAAACUCGGCAACAGACUGCUCGAAAGGUAGGCUUCAGCGACCGAGUUCUGGAGGGUAUGGUCAUGCAGCAGCUAUCGUCCAUCUCUGCGCCUCGAAGAGUGUACAGCAUAUCAUCAGACCACAGCAGCGAAGAUCAAGAUGACUUUGAAGAGACCGAUGAAGACGAGGAGCCUGAAGAUGAGAGGGCAGCGGAAGAUGUUCAAUCGCAAGGUCAAUCCGCUUUCGAAGAAAGUGAUGACGAUGAAGAGCCAGAAGGUAGACGGAGAGCACCCACACCACCAAGCAACCAGCACGCCAGGCAGAGAAGCAGCUUCUGGCGAAGACAACCGAGUCCAGUCACUCCAGCUCCAGUACGAAACAACGGCGUCACGCUGGACUUCCGCAAGACAGCUUCGAUCACCCUGGGACAACCACCAACUCCGUUCGGCAAGAGAAAGCUGAUGGAAGUCGACGAUACGAUCUAUGACGAACCAGAUCGUCCACCUGCACCACCGCCCGCCUCGCUCAACGUCAACGUCGAAGACGAAGAAAUGCUCGACGAAGAAGAAGUACCCCAACCUCCUCCUCCUCCUCCUCCUCCUCCUCCUCAUCCCCGCUCAAUCCUCCGAAACCACACCCCACGGCACCAUCCCAACAACAUACAUAACGCCAGACCCGAACACACCGCAGCCAACACCCGCCGCAACAGCAUGAUCACGCUCGCCGACGAAGCAGAAAGCCGAUACUUCGCCACAGCAACCGACAUGCUUCGUCGACCUUCUCGCGAUCAUCAUCAUCCCCAAAACCCACGAGUCCUCAAACAUCGCAGCAGUCAGCUCCGUCGCUCGGCGUAUGCGGAGGUGCAAGUCUUGGAUAGCGAGAGUCGGGUCUUGGAGACGUCGCCUGAGAGGCCGGACUAUAGCAACUUCACGAAUCUCGAUGUGCUAAAGAGGAGUUCGGAUAUGGUGUGGACGUCAAGCCAGAGUCUACCAAGGGCGCCUAGGGAUUUGAAGAGUCUGACGAGGACGGUGAGUAGGGAGCAUGGGACGGUGAGCCAGUCUCUCAGGAGGCGAUCGAGUUUGCCGUUUCAGUCGCCUGCGAAGGUACGGAAAGCUUGA